ACUCGUUGACCCUUAGAAUUCCAAUGGCGGCCCCUACGCCGUUGGCCUUGGCUAGCCUCUAUAGAGAACCACCUCUCUCUCUUUCUCUCUCUCUAUGUUAUAGUAUUAAAGCCAGGUCACUACACAACAAGUAGACAACAUAAGCAAAGCAGAUAAGAAGCAAGUUAUAUAAGGCAGCUCUGCUACGAAGUGAGCAGCAAGAGCAAGAGCAAGAGCAAGAGCAAGAGAGAGUUUUUGAAAAGUGAAAAAUGGAGGAUGAGCUUUUGUCGUCAUGGCUGAAGCUUCCGUUUAUCUCUUUCAUCUUCCUAGUGCUUGUUCUGAAGGUGGUCGUGGUGUUUUGGUGGAGACCCAGAAAAAUUGAAGACCAUUUCUCCAGGCAAGGGAUCAGAGGCCCCCCUUACCGCUUCUUCAUUGGAAAUGUCAAACAACUUGUCGGCAUGAUGUUGAAGGCCUCCUCUCAUCCCAUGCCUUUCUCUCACAACAUCCUCCCCAGAGUCCUCCCCUUCUACCAUCACUGGAAAAAAAUCUAUGGUGCAACAUUUCUGGUGUGGUUUGGACCGACCGUUCGUCUCACCAUCGCCGAUCCAGACCUCAUCAGAGAUAUCUUCACCUCCAAGGCAGAAUUCUAUGAGAAGAUUGAGGCUCACCCACUUGUCAAGCAGCUUGAAGGCGAUGGCCUCCUCAGCCUCAAAGGAGAGAAAUGGGCUCACCAUCGCAAAAUCAUCACCCCCACCUUCCAUAUGGAAAAUCUCAAGCUGUUGAUACCCGUGGUAGCGAAGACCGCGGUGGACAUGUUGGAAAAGUGGGCAGCAAUGUCGGAGUCCGGCGAGUUUGAAAUUGAGGUUUCCGAGUGGUUUCAAACAUUUACAGAAGAUGUCAUCACACGAACGGCAUUUGGGAGCAGCUACGAAGACGGAAAAGCCAUUUUCCGGCUACAAGGACAACAAAUGGCGCUCGCCGCCGAUGUUUUUCAAAAAGUUUUCAUUCCUGGGUAUAGCGGCAAACAGACCACAUCCAAUUUGCUGACGUGGACGACGGUUCUUCUAGCUAUGCACCCACACUGGCAGGUUAAGGCACGUGAGGAGGUUCUGAGGGUGUGUGGAGCACGUGAUACCCCCAGCAAAGAUGAUGUGGUCAAGCUUAAGACGCUGACCAUGAUCUUGAACGAGUCCCUCCGAUUGUACCCUCCGACGAUCGCCACGAUCAGACGGGCCAAAGUUGAUGUGGAGCUGGGGGGAUACAGGAUCCCGCGUGGGACGGAGAUUUUGAUUCCAAUCUUGGCCGUCCAUCAUGAUCAAGCCUUGUGGGGCAACGAUGCAAAUGAAUUCAACCCUGCUCGAUUCUCCGAGGGAGGGGCCCGCGCUUCGAAGCAUCCGAUGGCGUUCAUUCCCUUUGGCCUUGGGGUCCGCACGUGCAUCGGACAAAAUCUGGCCAUUUUGCAGGCGAAACUAGCGCUGGCAAUCAUAUUGCAAAGGUUUUCCUUUAGGUUGUCCCCAAGCUAUCAGCAUGCGCCGACGGUCCUGAUGCUGCUCUACCCACAAUACGGUGCACCCGUCCUUUUCCAAUCUCUUUCCCAUCCUCUGGUCCCCAAAAAGAUCAACGCUCCUAAAUAUGUUACUAUCUCUAUAGUGACCAAAAUGCCCAUCCUUGCCUUGCCUUGCAAAUUAUAGGAACUAAGAGAUAUGUUUCAAGAAAUAUCCUUCUAUUCCCUUCCAUUCACCUUGCUCUACUGACCUCCAUGUCCAUGAAUUUUUUUUUUUUUUUUUUUACCAAAUGGCCACCAUGGUCUUCACCAGAGUGUUUUACUCUUUGCUCUAUUUUAGUUCUAGGAUUUAGUAAAUGGCUAACAACUAGGUAGCUGCCCUUAUAUGUAUGUAUUAAUUAAUGUAUAUUUUGCACAAUUUCUACACAAAGUUUUGUAAUAUUAAGCUUUCAUGAA